GCGAGAGCUCUCUCUUGCUUAGUCUGGCAUUUUUAACGGCACUAGUGCAGACCUGUACGACUAUAAUUCGAGUAAAAAAUUAUUAACGAAACGAUUCAAUCACAGACAAAUAAACAAACGAUUGUAUUUUACAAAAUUAGAAUUAAACGACUAUCACUGAGUGUUUUAGUAUCAAUGUGAAGCCUCGGAAUGGCUGCGCCCCCACUGGGCAAGUGCAUGGUCCUGCCGUUGUUCUUGUUGCUAGUGUACGUUGGAUAUGGGUUCCGAAUUCGUGAUAUUGGACAGGCUGGUUCGAUUGAGCACGGUGAGUGCCCACUUGGAUCUGGAAAGUGUCCUGGUGAGACUGGUGGACAGGUGACCUUCAAUUCUCUGAAAAAACGGAUCGAGAGUGUCGGUGGUACUCGUGGACGUAUUGUGAGUGGUAGUGCACGACAACCACCUGUAGAAGUAGAGGAUGGUGGGGAAGAGGAGAGGGUUUCUGAGCAAGGCAAAAGUCGGUCGAGGAUUCUCAGUAAGAUGGCGGAAUCCGAAGGAAGGGAUUCGGCCCAACGAGAAGAUGAUGAUAGUGAAGAUGAAAAAGAUGGAAUUGUUGAGGAGAAUGGAUCCGAUGAAACUGAAGAAGUGACGAUUGACGAUGAUACUGAAGAUGAUGAUAAGGGCAAUGAAAGUGAAGAAGUUCUCAAAAACCAAGAAACUGUGAAGAGAGAAAUCAAGUGGAGUUUCCAUGAAGUUCGAAAAGGUGAAGAGCCAAGCAAUAAAGAGAACGAUCAUGAUAAAGCAACGGCUAUUCAUAAACAUAUCGAUGGAAAUACGGUAUCGACGAAAUCUGAGGAAGAACUGAAAAAUGAUGAUAAAGAAGAAUCGGAGGAGAGUGAGGAUAGAGAUGAGAGUCCGAAGGAUGAAGAUGAUACCGAUGAAGCAUCAGUUGAAGAGAAGAAGAAAGAAGAAAAGCCAGUUCGGAAAUUAGAAAAAGUCAGAUUAGCUGAUAAAGCUAAAGUCAAACCUACUGAAGCUCCAGUGGUAAGAUCAGUGGAGGAAGAAACUGAAAAACAAGAACCAGCGAAGAUGGUAGAUACACCCCGAAAUGUGAUAGUGAAACCGAAAAUUGAGAAGGAAAAGCCUAAACCUAUUAAGCCUACACCUCCAAAGGUUGAGGAAAAAAAAAUUAAAGUUCCCAAGCCAGCACCAACGGAAGACAAAAAAAUUAAAGAGCAAGAAGUUGUAGUAGAAUCCAACAAGGAAAAAGAAAAGCCUGUGAAAGAAUCUGCUCCUGAGAAACUAGAGGAAAAACCUAUAACAAAAAAAAAAUCAAAAUUAGAAGGAGAGGCGCAAGAAAAGGAAAAGAAAAAAUCAAAGGAGAAGCCAAAAGAAUCAGAAAAAGUGAACCCUGCUAAAGAAAAAGGAAAAUCUAAAGAAAAACUUGAAGAUGAACCCAAAGAUAAAACGGAAGCCAAGAUACAAAAAGCUGAAGUAACAGUUAACAAAGAAUCUGAACCUAAUAAAAAAAAGCCAGACCAAUCGAAGAAAUAUCAAGAGGGUUCAAUUUCUCUGAUCGAGUUGAACGAAAUGAUCCUACACGUACCGAAUUUCGUGCCAAAUUUCGCGGCUGUUGAGGAUCCCGUCUGUCAGCAGCAUGGGAAGAUUUUCCUUCGUCAGUUGCGGGGUCGUAAAUUGUGGGCACUUCAAAUGCUCGACUCGGGUGGGAAGAUACCCUCGGGACUUUUACGUGGGAACGUAAAUCAAUUUGGUGAUUUUGAUCAAUGUCUUGGAAUAUCAUCGAAAAUUAGAUUGGAUAACAAACAAACAUUAAGGAUCCAGGGAAAAUAUUGUCUCGCAGCCGUGGACAUUCAAGCCACUAUUCCAGAGACUAAAGUACCGGUGCAUUUGAUGCAGAGUCGUGGAUUCCUACGAGGAAGUUUGAAAGACAGCGGUCACUUUGUCCCAAGAUUCACAACAAUUAACUGGGCACUAUGCGUACCGUCAGCUUGUUCCGCUGCUGAUACCAGAAGUGCUAUUGAAGCUGGGUUGAGUCAUCUCAAUGAAACGUCAGGGGUGAAAUUCGUGGUCGAUGUGAAUCCUGAUAUGUGCUAUAUUCAGGAGAAAUCCCAGAGUUACUCCAAAGAAACUAUCGGUGUACUAUAUUUCUAUGCUAUGAUCGUCUGUUUAGUGUUGAUCGCGACGGUUCGUGACUAUAUCGUUGUUUCUGAGAAAGCAAGUUAUUCUGAAAGGAUAAUAAUGGCAUUUUCUCUCCGGAGAACAUUAAAAUCCCUUAUGAAGCCAAUAUCACCACACUCAGGAGAUAUAAGUUGUAUUCACGGAAUUCGAGCACUAGCCACGAUAGCCCUCUACGUGGGCCACAAGAUGAUUCCCACUGUCGGAAUGCCUUACACAAAUCGAAUUGUCUUAACUGAGAUUGCUAAUAAUCCCGUAAGUUCCUUGCUGCGAGUGUCCUUGGUUUAUACAGACUCUUUUUUAUUAUUGAGUGGAGUUUUGACUGCGUUCCACAUGGCUCGUGAGUCGACAAAACGCGGAGAAAUUCGCUGGUUCUGCAGAUUUAUUGCAAGGAUCAUCAGAUUGACACCGUCACUGGUAGUCGUGAUUUUUUGGUAUGCAUACGUGAUGGAGCAUACCGGAUCUGGUCCUCAGUGGAAUAAUAUCAUAACACCAAAUGCUGAUUUGUGUAAAAAAAAUUCAUGGACAAAUUUUUUUUACAUCCAGAAUUUUUUUCCUUUUGAAGAGAUGUGUGCAACCCACACGCAUCAACUGGCAUUGGAUAUGCAGCUUUCCCUGCUAUCACCGGGUCUCGUGUUUUUUCUUCUCGUCAAACCAAUAAUAGGAAUUUUACUAAUUUUUUUCUUCCUCCAAGUAUCUGCUACGCUCCGCUAUUUCGCCACCGCCAACAAUAAUCUCUCCCUCGUUAUUUUCCAUGGAAUGACCGCAAAACAUCUGUACAAGACUGCAAACUUGACCUACGCCGUGUCUCUUCAUCGAGCUACGCCUUAUUUAUUCGGGAUUAGCCUUGGAGUACUUCUGCAGUAUACUGGAAAGAACAUUAAGAUUUACAAGAUUUUCGUAAUUUUUGGUUGGAUAACAACUGCUCUCUUGGCCGCCUGGUCAUUAUUCUCCCCGUGGAAAAUGGCGAGGAGAGACUACGUCUACAAUGUUGAAGAAGCAGCCCACUAUGCAGUGAUAGGGCCAGUCUCGUGGGCACUGGGCGUCUGCUGGGUCAUCUUCGCUUGUUUCACCGAUCAUGGUAGCUUCAUCAACAAAUUCCUAUCGAACUACUGGCUUGUUCUGUUCUCCAGAAUAUCCUACUCUGUUUACCUCACACAAUUUGCAGUAUUUUUCUACAACGUGGCGACAACGAGAUAUUCAUCUGAAUUCCACGUUCUUAAAGUCGUGGAUCCAUUCGAAAUUUUAACAGUAAUCUCGAUAUCAGUGAUUCUAACGUUAUUCUUGGACAUUCCGACUCAAGAAAUAAAGAAAGUCUUGAUGGAGAGUACAGACGUGUCCCAAUCUUCAAAGUCUCAAUCCCCAUUGGAGCCCAAAACCUUAAAGCCAGGCUCCAGAAAACCAUCGAAGACUCCAGAGCCCCAAGAGUAUGAGGAAAAUGCAUCCUGGAAGAUGGGGCAGAUAGAGGCAGAUUAUUCCGAAGAAGAGGAUUCUCACUGGAUCAGAUCUCGCAAGCCAAACGGGAAACAAAGAGUCUUCAUAAGACGAAACUCAAGAGACGACGAUGGUUACAGACCUUGGGGAAUGAAGCGAGAGGAGACACUCGACAGAAGAAGAAGCAGUAGUAUCCAGAGAACUCUUCACAUCGAUCCUGAUACAAGAGUUCGUGAACCCACUCCAAGCCGACAUGCAGAGGACACCAGACGGGAGCGAAGAUCAUCCUCGAGGGCGCCAGAUCCCUCCAUGAAGAUCUCCCACCGUCCCGAAGACCGCAGAAGCCCCAGACGAGACCGCUCUACCUCCAGACUAUCGGAUCUAGGAUUUUACCGAGAGCCAGAAUCUCCAGUCCCCCCCAGACCUCCAAAACCAGAGAUCCGAGGACGAUCUCCACGACUCCGAAGAACCCCAGUUCGUCUGAUCUCCUCAGGCAGUGAAGAGGAACCGAAAAAACUCCGUGGAAAGAGUCCGAGACGCCCAGUGGAGCGUCCAAAAGUGAGUGACGAGGAAGACUGGGAGCAAGAACUCAGAAUAAGAAGACAAAAGUUUAAAGAACGAAUGGCAUCUACGGAACGCCAAGAAUUAAAAACCGAACGGGAUGAGUCAACAGACGUCAGCAGAAGAUCCUCAGCGGAAGGAAAGAUAGCGCUUUUGCAGGGUCCAACUGGCACCAGAGUAAUGGAUGCUUGGACUGUUAGCAAAGGCCCUCGGGUGUCCGUUGCGUCCUCACAAGAGCCGACAGACACGGAGGAAGAGUCUCGAUACAUUCGGGACUUUGAAGAUGAGCCGAUUCCGGAGCGACGAGGGAGUUUGGAUUCUUUGGAGAAGGCAGAGAUUGAUUUCUCUUUCAGGAGUGAUGUUAAGACGAAGACACUAAUGGACUUAAGGCAGAUAUCUGUGGAGGAUGAGGGUUGUGAGCAGAGAGGAGAGGUGGUGGGGGAGAUGACGCCUGUGGCGACUGGUAAGCUAUUCAAACGAGAGUCUAUCAUCAAGAGUCAGGCUAGUGAGGAAGAUCCUGAGUAUUUGUUACCAGAGAGACCGAAAUUGGUGGAGCAGGAGCAGGAGCAUCCCUUCAAGAAGGCAUGGCAGAUGCAGAAGUCAAGGUCUGAGGAGGAUGGACCCUCUGCUUUCGUGUUCAAGGAAGUCAGGCCACAGCCAGAGGCUGAGCAAGGGGGAAAUGAAGAUUCUAAAAGUGCUAAUGAUAGUGAGGGACAUAAGUCGACUUGUGCGGGACCCACUGAGCAGACUUUUCAUUUGAUUGUCGAAGACGUGGACUCGGGCCAUUGGCAGAGGAGUGGAAGGAGUGAGGGAAGUCGAUCCAGUGUCACGGGAUCGAGUGUCACUGGGUCUAGUGAGGAUAUAGAGAUGGAGAUUGGGGAGGAAGAGGUAGAGUCUUCGAGACAAUCCAGGAAUGAACCAGAGGAUUACAGUAGGGUUAGUACGAGGUCGAAUGGCACUGAAUCACUCCAGUUGGAUUGGCCAAGUGAGGAUGAUCAGUUCGAAAGAUACAGAAGGCAACGAAGGGAAUUUGAAGCCUGGGAACAGGAGAACGAGGGAACUUGAUGACAAUAUUUGAUUAAUGUUAAUUGAAGAACAGGCUCUGGGCCUUGGGAACAUCCUGAGAUGCUUCAAUGUACUGUUAAUGCAAUUUGAAAAAAAAAUGUGAACAUUUUAUUUCCUAAUAAAUUAUACAAUUGUA